AUGCUCCACACCCUUCCCCUCCUCCUCCUCCUCACCUCCCUCCUCUCCACACACACGCGAGCACAAUGUCCCCCACAAGGACCCACGCUUCCCCUCGCGUCAAAUCUCACCACCAACCCAACCGUCCAGCAAGCGCUCUCGAACAUCACAGCCCUCCUACAAUCGUUCACAGAGAAUCUGAACUCCACAGCCGUCUCCAUCAAAAUCGGCACGACGGAGGAGGCCUUAUUUGAAUUCCACAACGCACCCACCGUAUUCAACACCACCGGAAGUAAGAGAGUAGAUGGGAACACCCAAUUCGCCAUCGCAAGCAUCUCGAAGCUCUUCACCGCGUACGUGGUCAAGAUCCUCGCGGAGAGGAAACUACUGCGAUUAGGGGAUGCGGUGACAGAGUAUAUUCCGGAGUUGUUGCUGGAGGAGUAUGAUGCGCUUGGUGGGAGGAAGGUCAUUGAUGCGGUGGAAAGGACGGCGUGGGGGGAUGUUACGCUUGAGGCGUUGCUGGGGCAUGAGGGGGGGAUUGCGGCGGAUUUGGGCGAUGAGGAUAUUGAUAAUGCGCCGGGGAACUACAGCGCGUUUGGACUGCCGGUGUUGAACGGUACGGAGCAAGGCACGGGGGUAUGUUUCCCUCAUAUCUUGCUGUUGGAGUGUAUGGUGACUGACGUCUCUCCGGAUUUCUUCACGUCCUGGCCCCGUAAGAAUCCUGUCUACGCGCCUUUCACCACGCCCGUUUACUCGAAUGUCGGAUACGCGUUGCUGGGGCUUGUAAUUGAGCGUGUCACGGGACUGUCGUUCGCGGAGUAUUUGCAGGAGGCGAUUCUGGAGCCGCUGGAGUUGAACCGCACGAGUGUGAAUCGUCCGCUGAGUUUAGAAGAUGCCUUCAUCACGGCUGAGAUGGGCGAUGGAGAUCUUGAUCUUGGGUUUGAGGCGAGAUGGUUUUCUAAAUCCGGCGGCAUCUACUCCACCACCAAUGACAUCUACUCCCUCGGCGCCUCAAUCCUCUCCACCGCCCUCCUCCGCCCAUCCACAACCCUCUCCUGGCUCAAACCCCGCUCCUUUACCUCCUCAUCCGGCACCUUCGUCGGCGAAGUCUGGGAAAUCGCCCGUGGAAUGAACUUAACGGGAGGUGAUGGCCACAUCGUCGACGUAUACACCAAGGGAGGGAACCUGAAUCUCUACAGCUCACUCAUAGCGCUGGUCCCAGAUUACGACCUGAUCUUCGCGGUGACGAGCGCAGGGCCAGAUACGAGCGAAGGAAUCGUGCAGGUUCUGUUAUCGCAAGUCCUCGACGUCCUGAUUCCAGCUCUAGACAGCACGAACAAGGCCCAGGCGAAGGAACGCUAUGCAGGGACGUAUACCUCCGGAAACGACAGCAUCACCCUCUCCGUCUACUCAGGCCCGGGGUUGCUCGUGCAAAACUUCACCGUCAACGGCGUCAACACCAUCAUCUCCAAUAUCGGACAGACCAUCUUCGGCGCUUCGGGGCCGGGACAGACGACUCUUCGUCUGUAUCCCACGAACCUCGUGCAUGGCAAGGAGAGGACGUGGCAGGGUGUUUAUGAUGUUCUGUCGGAAGACGAGGCGGAAGAGGAGGAUGCGUUGUUGUUUUUCGAGCAGGGGAGUUGUCAGACUUGGUCGGAGAUUUCGUUGUUUAGUUAUGGGUUGAGGGCGUUGGAUCAGUUUGUGUUGAUUGAGGGGGAGGAGGGAAGGGGGGUGGGGGUUGAUGCGAGGGCUUGGAGGACUGUGUUGAGGAGGGAUUAA